UAUUCCAUCACAAAAACAGUUUUGAACUUUAACUCAUCUCUCAUCAUUUCAACUCACACAAGUCUUCUUUUUCUUCUUUGAAUUUUCCAGAACCCACACUCAAACUUCUAGAUCCUUCUCUCACUCUCUCUCUCUCUCUCCCAGUUUACUUAAUCACCUCACUUCUCUUCUCUUCUUUCCCAUCACCAAACAAUUUCAACUCCAAUCUUCACCUACGCAUUUUCACAAACACCUUGUUCCCAAUGGCACAAGACACCACCGUCACCGUCUACAACAACACCACCACCUCCAUCACCGAUCCAAUCCAAAGCCACUACUCAUUCAAUUUAGCCCUCUCCCAAUCCCUCUGCGGCGGCGCAAUUCUCCAUGUCACCAAUCUCGCCCAAGCCAAAAUCGCCGAAGAAGCAGGCGCAUGCGCCGUCGCAGUCCUCGACCAAAUCCCCGCCGGAAAACUCAUCAUAUCUCGAAUGUCAGAUCCUUCCCUCAUCAAAUCCAUCAAAAACUCCCUCUCAAUUCCCGUCAUCUCAGCAGCAAGAAUCGGCCACUUCGUCGAAGCUCAAAUCCUCCAAGCCAUCGGUGUUGAUUACAUCGACGAAACCGAAAUUCUCACCCCCGCCGACGAUCAGAAUCACAUCAACAAACACAAUUUCCAAAUCCCGUUCAUAAGCGGCGCUCGCAGCCUUGGCGAAGCGCUUCACAGAAUCAGAGAAGGCGCAAUCAUGAUAAGGCUUCAAGGAGAGUUAACAAACUCAGGUAACAUCUCCGAAACCGUCAAGAGCGUAAGGUGUUUGAUGAAAGAAUUGCGAGUCCUCUAUAACAUGGAUGAUGAUGAAGUUUUUGCUUUCGCCAAGAGAAUCCAAGCGCCUUAUGAUCUUCUAGCGCAAACCAAACAGAUGAAGAGGCUUCCUGUUUUGCAUUUUGCUGCCGGCGGGAUUGUUACUCCCGCCGACGCGGCAUUGAUGAUGCAAUUGGGUUGUAAUGGUGUGUUUGUGGGAUCAGAGAUUUUUGAUUAUGAAGAUGCUUUUAAUCGUGUUAAGGGUAUAGUUCAAGCUGUUAAGAAUUACAAUGAUCCUCAUGUUUUGGUUGAAACUAUGAUGAUGGGUGUUAAGCUUGGUGAUAAUAGGAUUGAAGAUGGGUCAUUUGAUACUGAAAAUGUCUAGUUUUUCACUCUUUUGUGUUGAUAUACAGUGAUAAUAGCAUUACAUGGUUGUGUAUGAUGAUGAUUGAAUGUUUCUGCAUUGUUUUGCAUAUCUUGGUUGUUUUGAAUUUCAUUUGGUGAUGAUAAUGUGUAGCUUUUUUGUUUGGUUUC